AUGAGUAGCUCAGAUGAAUGUGGUGGUGGUGCAAUUACAAGCUCCUCCCAGAAGAAGUACAAUGGCCGCGUAAGAUGCCGGAAAUGGGCGUCGGAGAUACGAGUUCUGGGCACCAGAGACCGCCUCUGGCCCGGCUCCUACUCAACGUGUGAGGCGGCCGCGGUGGCUCGCCACAUAGCCUCCGACUGUCUGAGAGGAUCCUCAUCGGUACAAAGACUUUUAUGGAGUUUUCCAAUAGUCUCUCUUGUUAUAUACUUGCUACAAGGCCUUAAAAAGACCAUUCAUUCCAUGCCUUUAACCCUCAUGACUUCCUCCCCAACACCACCAUCUUCAUCUCCUCCAACUCCUCUAUCUCGGCUCAAAUGGCUUUCUGAAGAUGAUCAAGUGCUCAAGAACUCCAAGAGGCAAAUUCUCGAGUCUGAAGAAUACUCACAAGGGAAUUGUGGCGUUUUGAUAGCAAAAGGACCGGAUCAUUCACCACCGGAGAAGGUUAUGGGGUUGAACACAUUGAGGAAGAGGCCGGCAAGGCUUGUUGUACCGGCUCCUUAUCAUCCCGGGGAUGAUUUUGGUGAAGUAAAUAAAAAGUUGGACAAUAAGGAAUAUUUUGAGGUUGAAGGGAGAGACUACUGUUUGGCAAGCAAGAAAGGAAAGAGGGAGGUUAUGGAAGAUGGGUAUGGGGCUAUGCUUGAUAUUUUGGGAGAUCCGAAACAGGCAUUUUUUGGGGUGAUCGAUGGGCAUGGUGGCUGUGCUGCAGCUGAAUAUGUUGCUGAAAAUUUGGGGAAGAACAUUGUGAAAGCACUUGAAGAAGAAGAUGAGUUAGAAGCAGCAAUACGCGGAGGCUACUUGGUCACGGAUCAGGAAUUUCUUAGUCAGGGUGUAAGUAGCGGAGCUUGUGCUGCUAGUGUACUAUUGAAGGAUGGAGAAUUACAUGUAGCAAAUGCAGGAGAUUGUAGAGUAGUUUUGAGUAAGAAAGGGACGGCAAAUGCAUUGACAAGCAAUCACCGUCUUAGUAGUAGGGAAGAUGAGCGUUUCCGAAUAGAAAACUCUGGUGGAUAUGUGCAUUGCAGAAAUGGAGUUUGGAGAGUUAAUGGAUCACUCGCAGUUUCUAGAGCUGUUGGUGACCUGCAUCUGAAAGAAUGGAUCAUUUCUGAACCAGAGAUUAAAAAGCUUCCUUUAACUUCGGAUUGUGAGUUUCUGAUUAUGGCUUCUGAUGGACUGUGGGAUAAGGUAAAUGACCAGGAGGCAGUCGAUGUAGUACUAAAAGACCGAAAUUCACUAAAAUCUUGCAGAAAUCUUGUAGAUUUAUCUUCUAGCAGAGGCAACAUUGACGACAUAACUGUCAUGGUGAUCAACCUUCAAAAGUUCGUCGUUAAUCAAAGCAAUAGCCAAUAAGGAAUAGGAUUCAAACACGAAGUUGCUCCAUUAUAUCCCUCUUUAAACAAGGCGUACUCAGUUCAAGGAAGAAGAAAGAUGGGUGAUUAACAGAGCCAUGGGGACGAUCCCUUUGAGAUAAAUUUGUAUACAUGCAGUGACAUAGAUUAGUGAUGAUGAUUUUUGGACUCCAUUUUGGAGAUAUCAUUCAUAGGGAUAAACUUUUGUUUAUCUUCAGUAGAUCAAAUUUGAUUAUUUUUUUCUUAUACAAACUAGAGGAUUACUAAUCUUAAACAAAUUUAUUAGUGUUCUUAAUCAACUUUUUCCAAUUGGAUUCAGAUA